CCGCUAUGGUUCCCUUCGCUCCAAGGCCUCCGUCCCUUUCAUAUUUUCUCUGCAGUUCCCACCCACCUACCUUUCACAGCCAUCUCGUUUCUCCUCGCUUUCUCGCACUUUCUCCCACUGAUUUGAGAAUCUCCAUGCACCCCCACACGGCUCCCGUAUUUACCUCGUUCUAUCGCUGAAUCCCUAUCGAUUCAUAAUUGAUCUCGGUCAAUGCACUUUAGCUGAGGCUUGCUGAGCGGUGGAUUCUACCAUGGAAAACGGCGCCGUAGAGAACGGAGUGUGCUCCUCAGAAUCGGUUAAUGGAGGCCACGAAUCGUGGAGCUGUAAGGACUCUGAUUCUUCUUCCGCCGAUCAUCUCGUUGUCUUGGUUAAUGGAAUCCUCGGCAGUGCCACAGAUUGGAAGUUUGCAGCAGAGCAGUUUGUUAAAGUGCUCCCUGAUAAAGUGUUUGUUCAUUGCAGUGAACGAAAUGUGUCUAAAUUGACUCUAGAUGGUGUGGAUGUGAUGGGAGAGCGAUUAGCUGAGGAGGUCAUUGAAGUCAUCCAAAGAAAGCCAAAUCUACGAAAGAUCUCCUUUGUGGCACAUUCUGUGGGAGGACUUGUGGCAAGAUAUGCUAUUGGGAGAUUGUACAGACCACCUAAGAGGGAAAAUCUGGAGUAUUCAUCUUCUAAUAGAUCUGAAGAGGAUUCAAGGGGUACAAUAGGUGGCUUGGAGGCUAUGAAUUUCAUCACAUCUGCUACACCUCAUCUUGGUUCAAGGGGUCAUAAGCAGGUACCAUUUCUUUUCGGUGUAACUGCUAUUGAGAAACUUGCAAGUUUGGUUAUUCAUUUGAUAUUUAGGAGAACAGGUCAACAUCUUUUUAUGAAUGAUGAUGAUGAAGGAAAGCCUCCGUUGCUUAAACGCAUGAUAGAAGAUUAUGGUGACUGUUAUUUCAUGUCUGCAUUGCGUGCAUUCAGGCAUCGGGUUGCUUAUUCAAAUGUGGGCUAUGACCAUAUCGUGGGCUGGAGAACAUCAUGUAUUAGGCGUAAUAGUGAUCUUCCAAAGUGGGAGGAUACUCUUAAUGAAAAAUAUCCGCAUGUUGUAUAUGAAGAACACUGCAAGGCUUAUGAUGAUGAGCACUGUGAGUCUACUUCAAUUGAAGAUGAUGGCUCUGACAAGCUUGAAGUCUUACAUUGUGCAGAGGAACUGGUGACCGGCCUAUCUCGUGUUUCAUGGGACAAAGUAGAUGUUAGCUUUCACAGCUGCAGACAGAGGUUUGCUGCUCAUAGUGUUAUUCAGGUAUGUCUGUUCGUUUGCAACCAAGAUGUGAGUUCUUUUGAAGCAUCGGGAAUUCAAUCCUGAGUUCAUCUACAUGUACCCCCCGCCCCAAAAAAAAAAAAAAAAAAUUCUCAUCGGUGCUCUGAACAAAUGUUCUGCUGUUUCGAUAGUAUUGUUACUUCUUGAUGGACUGAUUUUGCAACGAGGUCUCACACACACAAAACGUCAAAGACCAAAGCAUGCAUAUAGAAGGUGCAGAUGUUAUACAGCAUAUGAUCGAUCAUUUUCUCACCUAGAAGCCUGAUUCCUAGAUGUAUACACACCACAGACGGGGCCGCAAGCUUCCUUAAGUUCCGUUGGUUGUAGGUUGAAGGGAUUGAUGCUCUCAACACACGGCAUGGUCUCGCAUAAAUUGUGACUAUGCAAGCAGUUAAAAGAAAUUUUGUUUUCUUGGUAUCCUUCUAAUGUAUUUGUACAAACGCUCCCAAUAAACACAAACGGUACAUUAUAUAUACAUAUAUAUUGGUCAAUUCUACUCUAACAACGCUUGUAGUAACUUUUGUUCCCAUACUUCUGGGGAUACAUGCCCGUUAUUUUGUAGGGUAUCAAACAGACUUGAAGUGAAGUAGAUUGGAUCUAACUUGCUCAAUUAAUGUUGGAGCAAGGUCUGAAUUUGAAUUAAUUAUGAGGGCAAAUACAUGAGUUGAUCGAAGAA